GAUGCUCUGAUUUUACGUUGGUCCUUCUAAAACUUGGAUCUUAGGUUAGCGGCAAGAGUGAGAUAUAAAUGCAACGAGAGGUCUAAUUUAUUUGAUUGAAGUAUAAAGAAAGACGACUAGCUGAUUACGUAUCGACCAUCUCAAACUAGAGAUUCCUCCUCCGUCACCUGCUCACAAAAAAAAAAAAAAAAAAAAAACAGCAAGAACUCCCAAACAGGAAAUUGGGGGCGUGCAAUAAAAUCUUUCCCUUCCUUCUUUCCUGCGUAAAGCUCCGCCUCCACUAAAGCACUCAGUAGGAAACCUGCAGUAGCUGUGGAGUGUUGGUGUGUGCUUGUGGAUCGGUGGUUGUUGACGUGAAUAAUAGGAGGUUUGAAGAUGAGUUCACGAAGCAGGAGCAAUAGCAGGAGCAGGAGUAUGAGUCGGAGCCGGAGCAGGAGUCCCCGAGAUCGCAGAAUCCGAUCUCGACGUAAUUCUUAUCGUGAUGCUCCUUAUAGGAGAGAGACACGUCGUGGUUUCAGCCAAAGCAGUUUGUGCAAUAACUGCAAGCGUCCUGGCCAUUUUGCGAGAGAAUGCCCCAAUGUAGCUGUUUGCAAUAACUGUGGUCUUCCUGGGCACAUUGCAGCAGAGUGCACCACACAGUCACGCUGUUGGAAUUGUCGAGAACCUGGGCAUGUAGCCAGCAACUGUCCCAAUGAGGGCAUCUGUCAUUCAUGUGGCAAGUCAGGGCAUCGUGCCAGAGAUUGCUCAACUCCUGAUAUGCCACCUGGAGACUUGAGGCUUUGCAACAAUUGCUAUAAGCCAGGACACAUUGCAGCUCAAUGUACAAAUGACAAAGCAUGUAAGAACUGCAGAAAAACAGGCCACGUAGCACGUGAUUGUCAGAAUGAACCUGUUUGCAACUUUUGUAACAUAGCUGGGCAUGUGGCAAGACAAUGUCCGAAGGUCGAUAUUCAUGCAGAGAGGGGUGGUUGGGGUAGGCACAAUGGUUAUCGUGAUCUGAUCUGCCGAACCUGCAACCAGGUGGGUCACAUGAGCAGGGAUUGUAUAGGUCCAAUGAUCAUCUGCCACAAUUGCGGUGGUAGGGGCCACAGGGCAUUUGAGUGCCCAUCUGGGAGAUUUUCCGACCGUGGAUUCCGGAGGUACUGAUGCUACACAAAUGGCUGUUUGGUUUUGUGAGUUAUGUAUUAAUAUUAACGAAAUCUAUGUGUACCUGUCUGUUUGUUGGCUGUAGCCUAAAAAUCUAGGCAAUUGAACUAUGGUUCUGUACCAAAUUGCGUGAUACCCUGAAAGGAUGUCGUUCUUAGAUCCUAUUGUUUCUUCUUGUUUUUGGUUUAAACACUAGAGAAUACGUGUAUUCCAUGAAAUGGCAAUUUUGCUAUGGCUGUGUUGAUUUAAAUUUGAUAGAUUAACGUUUGCGAGUAA